UCACACAGGCGUUAAAUGGCCCACCUAUAGAAGCUGCAGAUGGGAAGGGCUGGGAGCCAGGACUCCUGGGUUCUCUCCCUGGGUCUGGGAGGCAUAUGGGGGUUGGUGGGUAGAAGAGGAGCAAAUGUUUCUAAUCUGGGUUCUUGUCACCCAGGCUGUGGCUUCCGGCCGGGAUACGACAGCACUGGCCCCUCCUCUGCAUCCCGCAUCAUUGGGGGUCACAAAAGCCACCCCGGGGAAUGGCCUUGGAUUGUGAGUCUCCAGAUCCAAGGGCAGCACUUCUGUGGGGGGAGCAUCAUACACUAUUGGUGGGUGCUGAGCGCAGCCCACUGCUUCCACGACACCCGGCCACAGGACGUGCUGGUGGCAGCUGGCACUGUGACCCUGGGCAUGGGCGGUGUCACCCGGCGGGUUCGGCAGAUCCUGCGCCACCCCAGCUACAGCCGCAAAACCUACGACUCAGACCUGGCCCUGCUGCUGCUGAGCCGGCCCCUGCCCCCUGGCCGGGAGCUGGGUUUCGUGUGCCUGCCUGGGGAGCCAGACGAUGAGGAUGACAGCCAGUGGGGCAGCUGCUACGUGGCCGGGUGGGGCACCACGAAGUACGGGCAGGAGCGGGUGUCGAGGGCGCUGCUGGAGGUCGGGGUGCAGGUCGUGGACUGGCUGCGCUGCAUGUGGUGGAUGGGAGCUCUGACCCAGAACAUGAUCUGUGCCGGACACGAGGAGGGCGGCCGGGAUGCCUGCCAGGGUGACAGUGGGGGGCCUCUGCAGUGCCAGGCUCCCCAGGGCUCCCGCUGGUAUCAAGUAGGCAUCGUGAGCUGGGGCCGGGGCUGUGGGAGUCGCCAGCGCCCAGGUGUUUACACCCGAGUGGCCAACUAUCGCUCCUGGAUGGACAAAACCACUGCUGCUGUGGGGAGACCACUAAGGCCCCCAAAAGCCAAACCCACUCUGCAGGGCUCUGUUGCCCAGAAUAUUGAGUCAGAGGUCACCGGAGGUGGGGGGCACCGCCCAUGCCCGGAGCAGCCCCUUGGCCUUGCUGUAGCCCUGGCUCUGGGGAGGUGGCUGGGCUGAGCAAGACGCAAGGCAUGCUAGGAAGAGGGAGGACUUGAACACUGCUGUAAGGGACUCCGGGAAGAGGUAAAAUGCCACUGCUGCAGCCACCACAAAGGAUUCUGGGAAGAGAUGGCAACGUUGACAGCUCCGAUUGGCUGGUGCUUCGGGAGGGAGGGGAAGGAGGGUGAAGGAUCAUUAAA